AUGAAGUUCACCCUUGGCGUCUGCGCCAUGGAAUCCAAAGUAGAAAGCUCUCCAAUGAAAUCAAUAUUGAAACAUUUGGAAGAUUCUGGAGAUUUUAUAAUAAUCAUUUUCCCAGAAGAGAUGAUUUUGAAUGAACCAAUAACGAAAUGGCCGGUAGUUGAAUGCCUAAUAUCAUUUUACUCAGUUAAAUUUCCACAAGAAAAGGCCAUUGAGUAUGUAAAAUUGGUUAAGCCAAUAAUAUUGAAUGAUUUGGAGAAGCAAAGAAUACUUAGAUCGAGAAUAAACGUAUACAGAGAACUGCAGGCGUGCAGAAUACCACACCCGAACUACCUGUUGGUGGACCACGAGAUGGUGAAGAAGGGGCUGCACACAUUCGAAGAGCACUACGACUACAUCGUGUACAAUAACGUGAGGCUGAAUAAGCCGUUCAUAGAAAAACCGAUAGACUCGGACGACCACAAUAACUGGAUAUAUUACCCGAGUAACACAGGAGGAGGCUGCAAAAAGCUCUUUCGAAAAAUACACGACAGAAGCAGCAAGUACUGCCCAGAAAUACACAACGUCAGAAGAAACGGAACGUACAUAUACGAGGAGUUCAUGUUGACAUUCGGAACGGACAUCAAGGUCUACGCAGUGGGAUCGAUGUUCGCACACGCAGAGGCGAGGAAGUCGCCGACGCUGGACGGGAAGGUGAAGAGGUACUCGGACGGAAAGGAGUACAGGUACCCAGUGAUACUGACGAGCGAAGAGAAGACAAUAGCCUACAGAAUAGUGGACCACUUCAAGCAAACAGUGUGCGGAUUCGACAUCCUGCGCACGUUCGACGGGCCGUACGUCUGUGACGUAAACGGAUGGUCGUUCGUUAAGAGGAACAAAAAGUAUCACAUAGACUGCUCGCAGAUCAUAAGAGCAAUAUUUCUGCUAAAGCUGCAGUCGAAAUAUAACAUACUGAUAGACGGGGUGCUACAAAAUAAACCGACGGGGUACAAGCCCGUAGGAGCAGAGUCAGGAUUACUGUCAGAAGGAGCGAUAGAAACAAAUACAUAUGAAAAACUGGAGGCAAGUGAAGCAUCGGACGGGGCAGUAGACGAGUCAGGCGCCAAGGGACCCGGAAGAAUGCAAAGUAGACCGAGAGACCAGGAAAAGUCGAUUAAAAAUAAGUCGCACGAGGAGCUGUGCAGCGUAAUCGUGGUCAUGAGGCACGCAGACAGGAGGCCAAAGAACAAGUUGAAGUUCUUCACACAGCAGAAGGAGAUACUAAACUAUUUUAAGGGAAAUGAGUCGGAAGUUAAGCUUAAGUCGACAGAGGAGCUGAUAAAGCUGAAUCAACUCAACGACCAGAUAAUAGAAGAGUUGGAGGAGCCGAACAGAGCAGCCACGACGUGCGUAGCAGCACUCAACAGAGCGAACAGUAACGCAGCAGGCCUGAACGAGCUGCUGGUGGAGUUGAACUACCACAAGGAGUUCCAGAGGAUGCUCAGAAAGGGCUACGAGUUCUCAGGAAUUAACAGAAAGGUGCAGUUAAAAGCAGUGUAUAAGCCGAAGUCGGUGAUGGACAUGGACAAGUCAGGCACCAGGGAAGGAACAGAAAGCGCGAGCGGUGAAGGAAUUUUCGUUGGCACCACGAAAGUAGGAGGAAGCACAGGGAGAGAGACCCCAGUGAGGCAGUUAGAAAAGGUGUUGGUGGUAGCAAAAUGGGGAGGAGACCUGACGGACGUGGGAAAGUCGCAGGCGGAGGACCUGGGAAGAAGGCUGCGACAAACGCUGUACCCGGCGGACAGCAGCGCUCUCAUAAGGCUGCACAGCACGUACCGCCACGACUUUAAAAUAUUCAGCAGCGACGAAGGAAGGUGCCAGAUAACGGGAGCAGCCUUUACGAAGGGAAUACUGGACCUGGAGGGAGAGCUCACGCCGAUUCUGGUGGCAAUGACGAUCAGGAACAAGAAGGCCUACCAGCUGCUGAACGAGACUGUGGUGGUGGAGGAAAGGUCGAAGUGCAGAUACAAGCUCGACGAGCUGAUCACGCACCACGGCACGCCGGAGUACGACGAGAUCCUGCAGGAGUUGUCUGAGAAUGAGCGCUACUACUACAGCAAGGCGCUGGAGGACGCAGAUUUUAGCCAGGACGACCUCGUGAACCUGUCAAACCUGAUAAGGUACUACAUCAACACGAUUCACAGGGAGGAGACGAUGUGGAGUUCACUGUACUCGGUGGACGACUACGCAUUCCACAUAGUGAAUAAGCUGAGCUCGCUGCAGACGCGCUGGACGCAGCUGCUGCUGAAGUUCCACAGGCCAUCGUUCGGAGGAUUCGGCAGAGUUAAGAGCGGGGGCUUCUACAAGUCGCACCGGGGCCUGAACAGGGUCAACAGCAGUCUGCUGGAGCGAAUAUACGGGGACAUCAGCGGGCUUGAGUUGGACAGUCUGUACGGAGCCAACACGCUGGAUCCCAGCUGCGCCAAAAACAUUGCCGCGAGCACGAGGGACGAUAGAGGUGCGGACGCAGGACGUGGCGUGAGUAGGGUUUCUAGAACGCGCCAUGGCACUGAUGCUGGCAUUAGGGGAGUAGCAGGAGACAAUGGUGCCACCAAAACACAACGUGCGGGUCAUGCCACUAUAGAACUCAGGGGUAACGGUAGUAAUAGAAAUGACAACCCAGCAAAUGGUGGUACUAGGGAUGGUACUGCUGAAAAUAUGAAAGAGGCUUCAUUUCAAAGUGGCACUAAUUAUUCCACCGGUAUUCAUGGAGGUAACAAGGAGCAUGGCACUGUAGGUAAUAACACAGGGGGCAUGAGAACGGCAGGUGGCAGGGGGAGGACGCUGUCUAGAGACGAAGAAAUGCACAGCAGCGACUACUGUCCAGAGGAGCGCUACGACUACACGAAGCUGAGCGACAUAGUGGACAACAUAAGGUACGACCUGAUACACCUGCACCACCUGCUGGGACAGGCGCUGGAAAUAGCCUUUGAAAUAUACAGAAUAGUGGAGAGACUGAGCUCAGUGAUAUCGCCUUGCGAGUACGGAGUGACGCCCAUGGAAAAGCUGCAAAUAGGAGCGAAGAUAGCAUGGAACCUGCUGAAGAAGAUACAACACGACGUUUCACACCAGAGAGUGAGAAUGAGCCCGUACACGGAUCAGGAGAAGCUGCUGACGAGUUCAAACGCAAGCACAACGCACGAUAGAAGUUCAGAGUCGACUCAGAACAAUGUGAACGUAACCAAGGGCAGUUCACCAAAAACAGUGACAGGGGAAGGCGGGCAAAGAACAGUGACAAGGGAAAGCGGAGUGCGAGAUUCUCCUAAAAAGGUUGCCAGUAGUAAGGCCACCGAGUACUCGAGUAACGCAAUUUCAGGUACCACGCACGUUGAUAGUACAAGCAGGCACGCUGUAAGUGGUGGCAACGGGCAAUACGACAGUGGUGCCCAGGACACGAAGAAUUUGAACGUGAGCAGUAGUCUGGAGCACCUGGAGUACGACAUCGACUUCAUGGUCAACAACGACACGAGUGCCUCAUCAAUAGCAGUGAACAGCCUGGCAAGUUCAGGAACGUACCUGGACUCGAGUAAGAUAUUCGAAACUGGAAAGUGCUUCAUCGGAGGAGUGAGGCCGACAGAGAUGUACCUGUUCAACUCGAGCACGAGGACGGAGAUACUUUGGUAUAAUAUGCGCAUUGCAAAAUCAGUCGCCACAGGCACUAAAAGUAAAGGCGAUAGCAGGGGUAAAGGGAAAGCAUACAGUUCGAACAGCAGCGAUAGCGGCAAGGAUGAGUCGGUAAUUCUUAACUCGUACAGCCUGUGGUCGCACUUGAGUCCAAGCAACAGCAUGGAGAACAUCACGGACAAGUCAGUAGACGUUUCUAAAACAACGGAAAUGGACAGUAGUACAGUGGUCGGAGCUGACGAAGCGGCGACGAGUAGCUCGGGAAGCACUAAAUGGGCUAGCAGAGAGGAUACAAGUAAAGCAGUGCCAGUUAUGACUGGGCCCAAAAGAUCGGCUGCGUACAACAUACUAACGGCAACGGGGACUAUCAGAGGGAAGAAUGACGGGGCGGGGAACAUGGGAAGCGUAAAUCUGACUGAUUUGAACCAGGGCUGGGGCUGGGACGAAAAAAUAUUCGACGAACUGGUGAGACUGGGCACGGACGACGACCUGGGGAUCAGGUCGCAGCAGAGAGUGGUGAGGUCGAGGUACUACGUGACCUCGGCCUCGCACAUGUUCAGCGUCUUCAACUUCUUCAAGUACGCGCACCUGCUCGACGACUCCUUCGACACGAACCUGAAGCACAUAGAAAGCAUCAACGACCUGCACUACCUCUCGCACAUAGUGCUCAGGGUCUGGCGCAGCAGGAGCUCCGAGGGCUUCUUCAACAGACUGGAGAUCCUGGUGAGCUCGGGAGCGAAGGACGGCUUCGGCCAGAACCUGAGUCUGCUGGAGCAGAGCGCGAAGAACCAGAAAAACAAGUACAAGCGCCACAUACAGCGGUACAAGCUGAGGACGCUGCAGUCGUCGAACUGCAGUUACUGCCCAAUCACGUUAAACAGGAGUGGCUCGGGCAGGCAUGUUGACACUGAAACUGUUGGUAGGUCUAACGACGCCAUAGGUGCUUUUACGGGCACUGGCACCAUGGCAACUGGCAGUGACAUAGUGGACAAGUAUAACCUGAUGGUUACCAACCCGGCAAACAAGAAAUUUAAGUGCUUCAAGUGCUUUUUGGAGCAGUACAAACUGUCGGAAGCGAGCGCCGUCAGCAGUCCGAUAAAGGCGUCGGCAGGCAAGAGAACGCAAAAGAAAGACCACGCGAGCUCGAAUGCAUCUAACCUUGACACUGCAGGAAGUUGCGCAAGUGGAGUGGACAACAGGGAGGACGACGGUGCCUCGAACAAGACCGUGCCGCCGUACUGCGAGUUGAACAACCUGGUGCUAAUGAACAGGAACUUCGGCCUCGACCGCCUCAACAACCUGAUUCAGAGGACGUACGAGGAGAUCAUUUCGAAGGGCUGA